AUGGCCAGGCUGACGGGCACCCGGCCCGCGGCCACCCGCCGCUGGGGCUCUGCCGCCGCCUUCCUCCUCCUCCUCCUCUUCACCGUGCAAGCUGCCCAAAAAGCCGACUUUAGCGGGGACUCCACGGCGGCCACCAUCAACCACUCACUGACGCUGCUGCAGCGGCUGCAGGAGCUGCUGCAGAACGGCAACGGCAGCGACUCGGUGCUGCGGGUCCGCUCGGCCGCCUCCGACGAGCCCAAGGUGUUCCACACGCACCAGCUGCUGCUGAGCCUGCAGAGCGAGGUCUUCGAGAGCCUCCUGCGCAACCAGAGCGUCGUGACCCUGUACGAGCCGCCCGAGACCGCCGCGCUCUUCGACAAGUUCAUCAGGUACCUGUACUGCGGGGGGAUCUCCAUCCUGCUGCACCAGGCCAUCCCCAUGCACCAGCUGGCCAGCAAAUACCGGGUCUGGGGGCUGCAGCGUGGCGUGGCCGAAUACAUGAGGACCCACCUGGCCAGCGAGUCCAGUCAGGGCCACGUGGUGGGCUGGUACCACUACGCCGUGCGCGUCGGGGACGCGGCGCUGCAGGAGAGCUGCCUCCAGUUCCUGGCCUGGAACCUGUCUGCGGUGCUGGGCAGCGCCGAGUGGGGCUCGGUGAGCGUGGAGCUGCUGCUGCUGCUGCUGGAGCGCUCCGACCUGGUGCUGCACAGCGAGCUGGAGCUCUACACCGCCGUGGAGGGCUGGCUGAGCCGCCGGCAGCCCGAGGCGCCCGUGGCCGAGCGGGUGCUGCGCGCCAUCCGCUACCCCAUGAUCGCGCCCAGCCAGCUGUUCCGGCUGCAGGCGCAGUCGGCGGUGCUGGCGCGGCACCGCGCCGCCGUGCAGGACUUGCUCUUCCAGGCUUUCCAGUUCCACGCCGCCUCCCCGCUCCACUUCGCCAAGUACUUUGACGUCAACUGCAGCAUGUUCCUGCCCCGCAACUACCUCGCGCCCAGCUGGGGCUCCCAGUGGGUCAUCACCAACCCGGCGCGGGACGACCGCAGCACCAGCUUCCAGACGCAGCUGGGGCCCAGCAGCCACGACGCCGGCAAGAGGGUGACGUGGAACGCGCUGUUCUCGCCGCGCUGGCUGCCCGUCAGCCUGCGCCCCGUCUACUCGGACUCGGUGGCGGGCGCCAUCCAGCCCGUGCGUAUCGAGGACGGGCGCCCACGCCUCGUUAUCACCCCGGCCAUGAGCAGCCCCGACUUUGCCGGUGUCAGCUUCCAGAAGACCGUGCUGGUGGGCGUGAGGCAGCAGGGCCGCGUGCUGGUCAAACACGCCUACAGCUUCCACCAGAGCUCGGACGAGGCCGCCGAUUUCCUGGCGCAUGCUGACCUGCAGAAACGCACCUCCGAGUACCUCAUCGACAACUCCCUGCACCUGCACAUCAUCAUCAAGCCUGUCUACCACUCCCUCAUCAAGGUGAAGAAGUAACGAGGCGCAGCUGGGUGCUGCCGUGCUGGCCCCAGCACUGUGGGGGGAACGCUUGGUCCUGUAGGUAGAUGGGGGUCCCCUC